UCAACCGACGGGUUUUGUUUGGGUUAAUAAAGAAAUUUCACUCUAUAAAACAUACAGUUAUACAGUAUUAUAACACGAAAUUCUCUCUAAAACAUCCACACACACACAGGUUAAUAUUUUCAAAUAUCUGGAUUUCCACCUUCACUAUGGAAGAAGGGAACGACUUUCCAGGCCCGGAGUAUAGCUGUCUAGAGGAUGUGAGCGGAAGCUCGAUGGUUCCUCUCUCUUACAUCUACACACCUUUCUACGUCCAAAUCCCAAACAACUACAGUAACGUCAGACGCCCGAGUUUAACCGAUCACCAGUGCAGCUCUGAGGAUGAGCGGGCGUGUCCCUCCAGCUGGGAUUGUGAUCUUAACACAUAUAGCUAUUCCUGUCCACUUUGUUGUGACCCGUCAAGCUCACUUAUGUUCCACUGUCCUCCUGUUUGUUCCUCUGAUGGCCCGCUUCCUCACGCCGAUCCGUAUGAGCUCCCAAAUUGUACGACUGCAUCACACACCUGGACACCUGGGGGCGACGUUCAGUGUCAAACGUCCUCAGCAGAAGUAUCUGACGCUGUUCCCGGUACAACCUCCGAAGAUAAGCAGAUCUUCUCCACACACGAGUCUAACAGGCAACAUAAUCAGAUGGAUUCAGGCCACAAUAAUCAGCCUUCAUUUUGCCCUGCGCCUCCUGAUAUAGUGAUAGUUGGGCAAAACAAGGACAGCAUGUGUUCCUUCUCGGAAAAAUCUAAGAAGCCCUGCCACUGCACUAAAUCUAAGUGUUUAAAACUCUACUGUGACUGCUUUGCAAACGGAGAGAUCUGCAACAACUGCAGCUGCUUUAACUGCUGUAACAACAUGGAGCAUGCGACUGAGAGAUACAAAGCCAUUAAGAUGUGCUUAAAAAAAAACCCGGAUGCCUUUCGUUCUAAAACCAACAGCAGCGUACAUGGGGAUAUGAAAGGAAGUCACACACGAGGCUGUAACUGCAGAAGCUCAGGCUGCCUGAAGAACUACUGCGAGUGUUACAAGGCUAACAUCAUGUGCUCUUCCAUGUGUAAGUGUGUGAGCUGCAAUAACUACAGCGGUAGUGAGAAGGUGAAGAAGGAGAGCCCAGUGGAGAUGGCUUCACACCCCAACUACAUCACCAGACACUGCAGAACCAACCAUGUGACAUGUAUCACAGAUGCUGUAGUGGAAGCCACAUGUGGUUGUCUGCUGGCUCAGGCCGAGGUGGUGGAGAAGGAAGGACUCUCUCCAGUUCAGGCUGAGCGAGCGAUUCUGGAGGAGUUUGGACGCUGUCUAACACAGAUAACACACACUCAGACACACUACAGGGAACAUGUUUAAAAUGUUUUAUAUCGUAUAGAACAUCUCUGAUUGUGACUUGAUAUAUUUCACUUUAAUCUUAAUUUUUGAGGAUUGUGAGAAUUUCUGUUUUGUUGGUUUUGUAUUUAUUAUCUUAGAAAAGAAAACUUUAAAAAAAAAAAUAAAUAAAUAAAUGAUACUAGCUGCAUAUAGUAUUAUUGUUGUGUAUGUGUGUAUUAUUGUUCCAGUGUUUUAUUGUUGCUUGUGCUGUUGCAUUUAAAUUAUUCUGGUAUUUAUUUAUAUUU